AUGUCGUCCGCACCCAGCACCAGCAACGGCUCCGCCACAGGCACCGGCAGCAGCCAUCCCCCCAACCCCACCUCGAACUACGCCCACGACCCCAGCUCCCCCGCCGACCUCCCCGGCUUCCACCUCCUGCGGCGCCUCAAACAACGCGCCGCCGCCCUCAGCAAUGCCAGCGAAGCGCGCCAAGAAGCGCAGAACCACGAGGCCGAGGAGUCGCUCAAGGCCUCUCUCGCCUCAGUCGGCGGGCCGCGCUACGUCCCCAUGACGGAGUUCCUGCCGCACCACGAGCGCUCUUUGUCGAGCAUCGCUAUGCACGCCUUCCUCUUGGGCGUGGUGCUUGCGCUCAGUCUUGUCGCGACCUUCUCGCUGCUCUACAUACCUUUCCACUCCAAGGAUCCGGAUGAGGGGAGGGAGAACUGGACCCGCCUCUGGCGCGCCACCCUCUUCACCGCCGUCCUCUCCUUCUUCCACUUCAUAGAAUACUACAUCACCGCCAUCCACAACUGCCCCGAGGCAAAAGUCUACGCCUUCCUGCUCAGCAACGGAUCCGCCUACCUCGUCGCGCAAGGUUCCGGCCUCCUCGAAGCCGUUUACACCUCCCUCUACGCUCCCCACUGGCAGUCCCGCUUCAGCUCCCCCUACUCCAUCGCCCUCGGGGUUGUGAUGAUCGUCGUGGGCCAGGCGGCGAGAAGUAUCGCCCUCGCGCACGCGGGCACGAAUUUCAACCUGCAGGUGCAGACGAGGAAGAAAGCCGAGCAUGUGUUGGUCAGACACGGGAUUUAUGGCUAUCUGCGGCAUCCGAGCUACUUUGGGUAUUUCUGGUGGGCGAUUGGGACGCAGGUUGCGAUUGGGAACGUGGUGUGCGGGACUGUGUUUGCCGGGGUGCUGUGGAUGUUCUUUGUGAGGCGCAUACGACGAGAGGAGAAGUGGCUGGAGAUGUUCUUUGGCGACGAGUACGUCGAGUAUCGCAAGCAGACGCGUGUGGGAAUACCCUUUUAUUGGCUGAAUGUUUAG